AAAAAUCAUUACUCGUCACGAACCAGCGGAAUAGAGUAAAAACUUCUCUAAAACCCUAAACCCCAACCUGGUAAAAUUGGCAAACAGUGACUGAAAAUUGCAAACCUCAAUUCUGAGAACAGAGUUUGGUACAGUGAGAAAAAAUGGCUAAGGAAGUUACAAAAUCACCAAAAACCAAGCAAAAAAUCCCUACUAAAAGCAGUAGAAAUGGGGAUAACAAUGUGAUUUUGGAUAAACAAGAAAAGGGCAAAGAAAAUUUCAGCAAGAAACCCACAAAUAGGAAGAGACAAAGUAAAUCAAAUCCAUUAAAAGUGUCCUCUUUCGAAUCUAAUAGAACAAAAUUUGGGGAAAAAAAGAAAAAUUCAGAUGUGGGUUCUAGUAAAAACAGCAAAAUUUUGGAGAAAAAUGUCAAGGGUAAGACUGAUUUUGGUAAACAACCCAAGAAUGAGAAGAAAAAGACAACAUUGAAGCCAUUGAAGGUCUCACCUUUGGAAUAUGCUAAGAAGAAAAAUGAGGAUUUGAAAAAGAAAAUGGAGGAAGUUCCAUUAUUGAAUACUGAGAAGACAAGAAUUAGGGUAAAUAAGAAAAAUGUUGAAGAUGAUUCAAUGGAUUCAAAACCGAAGAAAAAGAAAAGGGUAAUUAAGAUUGAUCCUUAUGAUACUUCAAAUAAACGAAUUAAUGAUAAAAUUGUGCUUAAUGAUAUAACUAAUCUGAAGCAGAAGGAAAAGGAUAAGGAAAAAGAAGAGCCUGAGAGAGUGAAUUUGUCAAAAAAUGCACAGUUCAGGGCAAUUAAACCCAGUCCUUCAAUUCUUGCUUUUGUUGAAGAUAAUUUGUUGGGUCGUAGACGUGAUAUUGAGCUUCGGAGGGCUGGUUAUAACACUGAACUUUCGGCACCAUUGGAUAACAUACCGUUCUCCACGAGCUCAGAGAGAGAUCGAAUUGAAGAAAGUGUAUUCCGAAAUAAGUUGGAAUUUUUUGCUGCUGCAAAAGUUUCCACAUCAUUUCCUCCUCCUGAUCUCCCAGAAAUUGCAUUUGCUGGCAGGUCAAAUGUCGGGAAAUCGUCUCUUCUUAAUGCACUUACAAGACAAUGGGGGGUUGUUCGAACUUCUGAUAAGCCAGGGCACACUCAGACCAUCAACUUCUUCAAGCUUGGUACAAAAGUCAACUUAGUUGAUUUACCGGGUUACGGCUUUGCUUUUGCAAAAGAAGAAGUCAAGGAGGCUUGGGAGGAUCUAGUAAAAGAGUAUGUUUCCACCAGAAUUGGGCUGAAGAGAGUGUGCCUUCUUGUUGACACCAAGUGGGGUUUGAAACCUAGGGAUUAUGAACUUGUUCAUUUGAUGGAAAGAUCCCAGACUAAAUAUCAAGUUGUCCUAACAAAAACUGAUACAGUAUUCCCCAGUGAUGUGGCUCGGCGUGCUAUGCAAAUCGAAGAGACACUCAAAGAACACAAGUCCAUUGUCCAACCAGUGAUGAUGGUAAGUUCGAAAUCUGGAGCUGGGAUUAGAUGUUUGAGAACAGCGCUUGCAAAAAUUGCUCGAUUCAUAAAGCCUUGAAACCUUUCACCGGAUGUUGGCACAGACAGUAAGUGGUUUUGUUAAGGUGACUCGAGAUUUCAUAUGUUCUAUGUAUUACAUAGUCUGCCUUGAACGUGAGAUACCGGAACUUAGUAGGAGCAUAUCCAAUUGUGGUUAUUGGCGUUACGAAUUUGAAUCCGAGUAUAUACGAUGUUUUCCAUGAUCAAUUUUUGAGUUGGUUUUCGAUGUAUUUGGCAUCUUGAAGCUGAAAUUAGGUUGGGUAAAGCAGAUGGGCCCGUUCCCAGCCAUCAUUGCAAAGCUCAAGGCUUGAGCAUUACCUCUCUUCCUCGUAGCAAGCCCAAGGCUCAAGCAUCACCACUCAUCAUGCAAAUUCGACUAUCGCGCACAUUGGUGCUAAGGCUCUUAGACACGAUUUGAAAAUUUUAUUUUUAUCGACUUGUAUUCAACCUGGUUGUUGAUUUAAGGUAUAGUGACUCAUAGCAACAUUGAGAGAAAUUUGUAUGUUGACUCGUAAAUCGAUUACUAUGAGUCUAAACUAGACUUGUAUAUGAUUUGAGACACUACAAAUUAGUAAUAAGCCAAAGCUUUAUCCCGAUAAUACGAAGUUGACUACAGUCUACAUGACAUAAACUAAAACAAA